UUUUAGGUUUUGAGUUUGAAACAGUAUAAAUAGGAACUGCCUUCUCUCUUCUAGGGGGUUUACGCUGGAACAGAAGCUUUACUCUUGUUCCCAUUCUAAGACGACGUCGUCCCCGCAAACUUGUCUGAGCAAUUGACUGAAAAAUUGAAGCGAUGUCAGAUUAUCUUCCUCAGGAAGUGAUAACCAAUAUCUUGCUUAGAUUACCCAGCAAGUCUCUGGUUAUAUGCACCUCAGUCUGCAAGUCAUGGGGGUCUAUGAUUAAGAACUCGAGCUUUAUUCAAGCCCACCUCAGCCACAGAAUUAACUACAAUAACCUCCAUGGCACUCACCUCCUACUACUCCAUGGCGUUUCUUGUAAAACUUAUGGGAGCAGCUUUGGUCAUUACCUGUUCAUCAACGGGUUUAAAGAAGAAGUUUACUCUCUUCAUUAUGAUAACUAUAAUUUUGAUGAGUACUGCAAGGUUGUGCUUCAAUCUCCAAUUUCUGAUGAGGAAAUGUGUAAUGAGUAUUUCCGUGUGGUCGGCAUUUGUAAUGGGCUGGUGUUCCUUGCAGAUGAUUUUUCACAUUUUGGUUACAACUUCAUAAUAUGGAAUCCAUCUAUAAGAAAGUUGGUAACCCUUCCGAAACCCGGCCUCAAAUAUGAGACUAUUGGUGGGUAUUAUGCUUGUCAUGGAUUCGCAUUUGAUGCUAUUACCAAUGACUAUAAGGUCGUGAGGCUUAUAGAGGUCCAAAGUGGUUUUAUGGAGGGUACUGCGAAUCAAACAUUUAUGGAGGUUUAUUCAUUAGCUGCUGGCUCGUGGAGCGACCCUAGGUUGGUUGAUCCUCAGUGUGGUAUAAAUACAGGCUCGCCCCAGGCUUUUGUUAAUGGGGCUCUUCAUUGGGAUGUGUGUGGUUUGGCUAGUACCUCAUAUCACUAUUUCGUACUGGCAUUUGAUGUGAGCAGUGAGCUAUUCCGGGAGAUAAUGGUGCCAAAGAGUUUGGAAUCGGAUUUACAAGGAGUCUUGUCAUUGCAAGUAUCUGUUUCGGGAGAUGGAAAAUCGCUUGCUCUGUUCGUGGCAGGUCCUAGUGAAGAAGGGAUAUAUUCAUUUCUUCAUGUAUGGGUGAUGAAAGAGUAUUCUGUGCAGGAUUCAUGGACCAAAUUGUUUACUCUCCAUCCCCAAGGUCCAGAAGAGAGACUACUCAGAGCAUUAUGUUUUAGAAAGAGUGGUGAGGUGAUAUUGCAAGUAUAUAACAGUUAUAAAGAGUUAUAUUCACUAGAUCUUGCUAGCGGACAAUUCAAGACUCUUGGGAAUUCUAUAUAUAAGUGUAACACCAUGCAUCCUUAUGAAGAGAGCAUUGUCUUACUUGACAGGAAUGAUGCAAUCUCUUCCUGAGGGAAAGAAGAGGCUUCGUGUGCAGUAACAACAAUCUGGCGCUUAGAAUUGAUUGGUGCAUUUUCUUGGGAUGCAAGUCAUGCAACUUCUGAUCAAGUGCUGCUGUACUAGAGAAAGUAGUUGUGAUGUUAGUCAUCUUGCUGCUAUUGCAUCUGCAAAACGAAUUUUGCUUUUGUUUCUAUAUAUUGCAGAGUUCUCAUAUUGAACUUCCCUGAUUAGUUAUGGUUGUAGUCUUCAUAUAUAUUUAACAUGAAGCAAGUAAUUUCACUGCAAUUUAGCUCCAUGACAAGGGUAGAUUAGCUACAUUUUGGGACAAAAGAACCUGAAUGUAACUUCUCUUUGUAUGAAGCGAGUGAAACAUUUUCUUU